AUGUCCCAGUGGCGAGGCAGUGAGGACGACGCGCCAGGUUUCAGCAAGAGCCAACCUUCCCAAUACCCGCCUUCCAACGGCCUUAUUCCCCGCGACUACCUAGGCGCGCGAUCCGAGGUGGCUUCGCGCCCCGGCGCUCCUGGCUCUCGGCAUAUUUCACCAUCACCAUUGCACACCACUUCUCUCCCAAAGGCACGCAUGCAGGAUUCUCCCUCGUCACAGAGUCCACUGUCACCACGGUCCAGCGCCAAUCCUUCCCCAUCCCAGAACCGGUCGCCCAUUUCUCGUAUAGCUAAUGCACCAUUUCCGGCGCCACCCUCGAACUUUGCCCAAAAUUUCCCCCAGUCGCGAGACAUGAUGGGUAUGGAGCCGGGCAAUGCUCCAAGCUCCGGCGAUGGCAGUAUUUCAAAACCGCCUGGUGCGACUGACCCUGAUCGUUCCGCUUCCUCGUCUGUGAGCUCUAUACUGUCGGCUCCCGGAGAUCGCCCAACACACCGCAUCAUGCCCCGUACGUCGUCGAUUGAUUCUGCGAUAUCUUCCUUGUCAUCGGCAUCUCAGAAAUCUGCAUUUGACGCCAAUGCGUUGAGUCCAACGGAUAUUAGCAAUCUCAUCAAUGCAGCCGGUUCGGCGGAGGCCGUCAUUGUACACCUCCUGAGGGAGAAGCACCAAGCAGCCUCCCAGAAUUCGCAACUUUGGAAACUAGUCGACAAACAAAGGACUCUUAUCUUGGGUCUGAAUAAGGACCUCGAGCGUGCCUUCAACGAAAAGGAAAAGUAUAAGAAGAAAUUGAAAGAGCUUCAGGACUCUCCACCUCCAAUACCAACCACGGAUCCCACAAAUCCACUGGCUGGAUCAGCUGGAGCGGUGCAUACUCAGCAAACUCUACCCGGACCAACUGUCGAGCAUAGACAUGUCUCACAACAAACUAGCGUGCCAGCUCAAGUUGCGUCUCGAAUGCCUCUUAAAAGCACUGGUCUGAAUCCCACCGGCGAUGUGUCGUCUGCGGUUGAAACUGAUGGGAAGAAACACCCGCACCCGAGUCGCAAGCCUCCACCGGCGCCUCUAGACUUACGGUUACCAAAUGAUAAUGUUCACAGAGUGCACGGGGACCUGGACUCGGAAUCUGAUUAUGGUGAUUCCCAGGAUGAAAGAUCAAGCUUAGAUCGCGGAAGAAGAAAGACUCGAGAGGAAGAUGAUCGAGACCGGGAAGUGACCACCCAAAAAGAGAUAGAUCCCCAGGGUUCCAUAAGCACAGCCAAGUUCGGAUCCUCUCAUUCCUCCCGGGACACGGCUACGUCUGCUAGCCCGGCAACUGUUCCCCGUGAGCUUGCCACGAGAUCGCCUCCAACUGUAGGCGCAACUGGCUCCCUCGGUUCCAUUCUCAACCCCCGAGCCAAUUCUUCGUUUCUGAAUGGACGUCCGAGCUUCCCUAACCCCAAAAGCCCCGGUCUCCCAUUGAGCCCAAGGCCAGAGGAUCGACCCCUCGGUUCACCUUUACCCCGUAUGCCUCGAGACAUCAACUCCAUGACAAACCAGUCCAUCACCGCAGGCACGAAUCUACCUGGUUUACCUCUGUCCCCGCGAGCUGGAAAUUACCCAGCUCAGUUUGCUCCAAUACCGACAAUUGAUCCUGCCGUAAAGAUAGACAGCCCAAGAUCUCUGCGAUCUCUGGGGCCUAGUAUCUACCAGGGCUUGGUUUCAGACGACUACCCGGGGUUACUGCUACCCCCCAAUGCUCUUCCUGUGAUUCAAGUCCAAGUUUCUUCUUCUCGACUUCGCCCCUCCAGGAAUAGUUAUAUGGCUUCAAAACCCCUUGAGGAGGAGCCUGUUUUUACACUUAGCGUGAUAUCCCGUGCUGAGAUGUCAGAACUCUGGCGAGUUGAAAAGGUCAUUGCAUCUUUACCUCAGCUAGACUACCAAAUUCACCAGCUAGCUGCCUUUUCGGGAAAAUUACCGGACCGCAGCAUUUUCAGCGGGCAUUCUCCUGCCAAAGUAGACGCCCGACGUGCUGCGUUGAAUUCAUACUUUGACAGCUUGCUGAAUACACCCAUGGACGAAAAGGCCGCCUUGGUCAUCUGUCAAUUUCUCACCAACGACUCAAUCGAACCCCGUGAUGAUGAGACUAGCUUGCUCAAAAGCAAUGGCUCGGCGCAGCUUGAUAUGCCUCAAGAUUCUGAUGGAAGGCCCCGAAAAGAGGGCUACCUGACGAAAAGAGGCAAGAACUUUGGCGGCUGGAAGGCGCGGUACUUCAUUCUGCAUGGACCGGAGCUGAAAUACUUUGAGUCGCCCGGCGGCCCUCAUAUGGGUACUAUCAAGCUGCACCAUGCUCAAAUCGGCAAGCAAUCACAGAACUCUAGCAGCCAGAGCAGUUCUCCUCCAGGAACUGACGAGGAUGCCGAUAAUCAAUAUCGCCACGCCUUUCUCGUUUUGGAGCCGAAGAGGAAAGACUCAUCAGCCCUCGUCAGACAUGUGCUUUGCGCUGAGAGCGAUGAUGAGCGGGACAAAUGGGUUGAGGCUUUGAUGGAGUAUGUUGAGAGCGCCUCCUCGGACAACGAUAGUCGAGGAAGUCCAUCCACCAAGAGCCAGCACCAGACCCAGGGGAGACAGCAACAACCUUCAGGGAAUGGCAGCAAAACUAAGUCGUUACCCAACAGCACGAGCAGAAAGUUGACUAGGGGUGUUGAAAGCCCCGACCAGGAAGUUGCGGCCUCGGUUCAAGGAUUCAGCUUCGAUGACACCAUUGCUGCAGAGCCUCCGAUUCUUGGUUCCUCUAUUGAACACGCCCCUAGAUCACCGCGUAUGCCGGCUGCACUCUCGACUGAAUUCCGGGACCUAAGCCAAUCCCCCACCGAGCCACCGUUGCAAUCACCUAAGACCAUCUCGGGACCUACCAAUGGAACUGUGAUCCAGGAUGUUGGGGCCUGGGGUAACAAAACUACGAUGUCAACCAAGGAAAAGAAACGCAGUAUUUGGGGUUUCCGCACCCGGUCUUCCUUUGAUCUGUCAUCACAGGCCCCAACUGUCAAUGAUCUGGCUGCGGCAAAUAAUGCUGUUCAAGCAGAACGCAAGGAUCCUAUCAGGCCUGUAUUCGGCAUUCCGUUGGCAGAGGCUGUCCAGUACUGUGCUCCACUCGGAGUGGAUGUGGAGUUACCGGCUGUCGUAUAUCGCUGCAUCGAAUAUCUACAUUCCAAGGGCGCAGCGUUGGAAGAAGGAAUCUUCCGCUUGAGCGGCUCCAAUGUUGUGAUCAAGGCAUUAAAAGAGCGUUUCAACAAUGAGGGUGACGUGGAUUUCGUUGGUGGAGAUCAGUAUUAUGAUGUUCACGCCGUUGCCUCUCUCUUCAAGCAAUAUCUUCGGGAGCUCCCAACGACGGUGCUAACUCGGGAGCUUCAUUUAGAUUUUCUUCGGGUUCUUGAGCUCGACGACCGCGAAAAGAAAGUCACGGCCUUUAACUCUCUGGUUAGCCGGCUACCAAGGCCGAACCUUUUGCUACUGCGGGCCCUAUCACUGUUCCUGAUUGAAAUCGUCAACAACUCCGAUGUAAACAAAAUGACCGUUCGGAAUGUUGGCAUUGUUUUUGCACCAACUCUUAACAUUCCAGCACCGGUGUUCUCAAUGUUCCUCACGGAUUUCGAUAGCAUUUUUGGGGAUAUUGGUUCCGGCCCCGGCCCAACUGUUGAAUUAACAACGGUGGAUCAUAGUCUAUCCCCCGAUGACGUCCGCUCCCCUCGUCAUCAGAUGUUCUCGGAUAUACCGACCCCAUCGUACGCCCAGACGUCAUUCCGAGGCCCAGGGGACGUACCCAGUGGGCCUUCAGAUCAUCCCCGAGCCGUACAUGACACGGGCUUUGCUCCUAUACAACCCAGCUAUGACCAGCCAGCCUACAGGAGUGACGCAUAUAGUAGUCAACAUCAAGGCCCCUCAGCCUCCUAUGGUUCAUUGAAUGGGAUGUUAUCUCCCAGCUCAGAUGACACUCGCUCAGCUAAGACAAAGAGGCGAGAGAGCUCAAUGCUAUUUAUGGAAUCCAACCCGGGAGAUCUUUCAUUCUACCAGGAUAAAUAA